UCCUGGUUGCUGGCGCGAGCGUGUUCCGCUGCGGCUGUCCUCUGCGCGCGGACCUGCUUCCCGGGUGUGUUCCUCGCGGUCGGAGGCUAGCUGAGGCGGAGCAGACCUGGAAGUCUCUCAUUGGCCACUGUCUUUUCAAAGGAAGUCACUUGCCUCCCAGAGUCCACCUGCUCUGAGCUGUUGGGGACUCUUCAUGAGCUGAGAGAAUGGCACUCUUCAGGCAGCUGUCCCUGGGUUCCAAGGCUGCCCUGGCGGCAGCCACCAUCUUCGUGUCCCUGAUCCUCUCCCGCUCCUUUCUGGCUGAGACCCUUGAGCUCCAGGCCUGGCGCUGGCUGUUUCGCCUGCAGCUGGUCCUGUUUAUCAACUCGCUUAUGCUCAUUGGCUCCUUGUACAUCUGGCGGAGCACAGUGAGCGACCUCAGCCAUUCCCCUGCCGCGGACUCUACCUGUUUCCAGCUGUGGAAGCUGGCUGUCGUGGCAUUUCUGGCCCUGGCGCACUCCAGUUUUUUCACCAUGCUCUUCUUGGUAGCCGAGGAGCCCUGCGUGUUUUCCUUAGUAGCCUACUCCUGCCUGGGUGCUUAUCUCAUCAUGGUGUUCUUCCUUUGUGUCUUGAGUGCGGUGGAGCAGGCCUACCAGUUCUUAGCCUGGCGCAGUGGGAGGGCGGUGGGCAGCCUGCACAAGACAAGGCACCUGGUGCUCAGGACUGCCCUGGCGGUGGCCGUGACAGCUGUGCUCAGCACGGUUGGCCUUCUGAAUGCUGCCCAGCCCCCAGUGGUGAAAACCGUGGAGGUGCCCAUCCAUCAGCUGCCCCCCUCCAUGAACAACCUCAAGAUCGUGCUCCUCUCAGAUAUUCACUUGGGGCCCACAGUGGGCAGGAGCAAGAUGGAGAUGUUCGUGAAAAUGGUGAACACGCUGCGGCCGGACAUCACGGUGAUCGUGGGCGACCUCUCCGAUUCAGAGGCCUCCAUCCUACGGACGGCAGUCACCCCUUUGGGCCAGCUCCGUUCCCGCCUCGGCACCUACUUCGUCACAGGUAAUCAUGAGUACUACACGUCAGAUGUCAGCAACUGGUUUGCGCUACUGGAAUCCUUGCAUGUCCGGCCGCUGCAUAAUGAGAACGUCAAGAUCUCUGCCCCCAGGGACCCGGGCAGUCGGGGUAGUGACAAAGAAUGGGUCUGCCUGGCAGGCGUGGAUGACAUUGAAGCAGACAUCCUUCACUACUCUGGACACGGCAUGGACCUUGACAAGGCUCUGGAGGGUUGCAGCCCAGACGAUGCCAUUGUCUUACUGGCUCACCAGCCUCUGGCUGCCAAGAGAGCCCUCCAGGCUCGGCCGGAUAUCAACUUGAUCCUUUCCGGGCACACUCAUGCAGGGCAGAUCUUCCCCUGGAAUGUCAUGGCCUAUCUCCUGAACCCUUUCUUUGCUGGACUCUACCAAGUAGGCCAGGCUACAUUUGUGUACGUUAGCCCGGGUACAGCCUACUAUGGAAUACCCAUGAGGCUGGGGAGCAGGGCAGAAAUCACAGAACUCAUCCUGUGGCGGGCUCCCUAAGCCCGCACUGGUGGCCCUGCCCUGCCCUGCCCUGGCCCAUCACUUUUGUCCAUCUCCUGCUCCGGCUCAGCCCUGCCAGCAUCCUUUGGCCACAGCCUUCUGGGAACAACAAUUUACAGUGGGGCUGCCUGGCAAGUUCAGGCUGGUUUAACUCUUGAGAGAAAUCAGUUGCUUUUUUAUAACACACCUGUGGGUCCAUAAAUUAGAACACACAUUUGUUUUCCAGCUGCUGUAGAGAGGGGCCUUUUUUGCAGAGGGCGGAGGUGUGGGAGGGGUCACCUCUUGCUCAAACUCAGGGAGAGGCAGGAACACUUACUUGUCUUUGUGGGUUUAGCCCUGGUUAGGGCUUCAGUGGGUUCUGGAAUUACUUGAUCUGGGGACAGUUGGUUUGGGCAC